CUUUGCCGUUUGAAUAAUGAACCAGCUAUUAACCAGUGACGAACAUUGAGAAGAAAGCCAUGAUGAUGAAAAUUGCUCUGGUUCUGUUUGCUGUCGUUGCUGCGGCCAUUGCAACGCCGUUCCUCCAAUUAGGUGAUGACGACGUCUUGGGUGAUGUUGACGUCGAUAUCUCCGUGAGAGGAGGGCAGAAGACUUUGACGUACACAGCUCCAAACGGCAACGUCAUUGACGUCACCCACGUUUUAAAAAGAGAGGGCAUAAUCGUCAAUAUUCCCGGAAAACAGGAUGUGUGCAAUGUCAAACAACUUCAACAGACCAUCAAUGGCGUCGAAGAGAGUUUGACCUGCACAGAACGAGUAGCGAUGACAGAUGAAGAACUGUCACCGAGGCUUGCCGAGAUUUGCCGAGGAAAGGCGGUGUUUGCCGAGAAAAACGCACCAUGCCAACUCCGAAUUCGCCGAGCGCCCGGUUGCAAGCUCACUUGCUGGACCUGUGGUUGGAGGGUAUGCUGUGGAGUCAAAUGUUCUUUUUAAAGCCGGAUCCUGGGUAAGGUCUGGAAGAUUCGACCUCGCCCGGUAAAGAAUUGACAAGGGAUCCAGUGCCACACUUAAUUAUCUGAAUACUUUUCGCCGUUCCUAAAUAUUUUUGGAUAAUGUUCUAUUCUAUUUCUUAGCUUCUUACUGUCAGUGUGAUAUCAUCAUAAACAUGCUUAUAAAUUACUGAUAAAAUGACUAACUUUUUACACAUUGAAUUACACUCUAGAAAUAAAAAUAAAAAUUGUCUGUUAUGCCACCAAUAACUGUGUAGUGACUGGAAUUUGUGACCUUUAUUAGAUUUGAUUAUUUUUAUCCGCAUGCAUGUUAGCACAUCUUUCUUAUUCACUUAUCUCAUUUAUGCAUUGCUUGAAUAAAACUUA